GAUCAGUGUCGGCUCUCGGGUUCUGUUCUCUGCACAAACAGCAAGUCCUUUUUGUAGCCCACAAACACAAUACAAAAGGGAGCACUUCCACUUUCCAGUUUUCACUCAUAAAAAAGGCCACUUUUCACAUAAUUUGUCUUCUUCCUCCUGUACACAUAUCCCCGUUUUUUGUAUUGGUUUAAGAAUUCAGACUCCUUUUGCUCUCCUGGAAGUUGGAACGCGAAUGCUCUGAGGACUGAGGACGGGGAGCGAGCUGGAUUACCAACUCCGUCGCAUUCUCUCCGAAGGCGGUCCCAUCCCAUCUUCAGAAUGGUGGAUACAAGAUCCUGUCAAUGGUUACAUCUUCUUGUUUUGGGACUGCUGUGGUUCAAAACACAAGGGGUUUACGUCCCAAUUACCUAUGUUCAAAGUGCAGUAGCGAAAGGAGCUGUUUGUUUGGAUGGAAGCCCGCCAGCUUACCAUUGGGACAGGGGAUACGGAACUGGAAUUAACAGUUGGUUAAUUCAGCUUGAGGGAGGAGGAUGGUGCAAUAAUGUCACUAGUUGCCUGGUUCGUAAAAAUACUCAUUUAGGUUCCUCUAAAAGAAUGGUCAAGCAAAUUCCUUUCUCUGGCAUAUUGAAUAACAAACAUCAAUUCAAUCCAGACUUUUACAAUUGGAAUAGAGUCAAAGUCAGGUAUUGUGAUGGAUCAUCAUUCACAGGCGACGUGGCAGCAGUCAAUCCAGUCACUAAUCUUCACUUCAGAGGUGCGAGGGUCUGGCUUGCUGUCAUGGAGGAUCUGUUGGCAAAAGGAAUGAGAAAUGCUGAAAAUGCUGUUCUUUCCGGAUGUUCAGCUGGUGGAUUGGCGUCCAUCCUGCAUUGUGAUAGCUUCCUAGCCCUCCUACCUAUGGGUACUAAAGUAAAAUGUCUUUCAGAUGCUGGUUAUUUUAUCAAUGCGAAGGAUGUGUCUGGAGGACAUUAUAUUGAAGCCUUCUUUAACCAAUUAGUUGCAACACAUGGAUCAGCAAAGAAUUUGCUUCCAUCCUGCACUUCAAGAAUGAGACCCGGUCUGUGUUUUUUCCCAGAAUACAUGGCGCAGCAAAUACAAACACCUCUUUUUUUUAUCAAUGCAGCGUACGAUUCAUGGCAGAUACGAAACAUUUUGGCACCUGGCAUUGCUGAUCCCCGUGGCUAUUGGGAGAGCUGCAAGCUUGAUAUAAAGAACUGCUUGCCCAGCCAAAUCAAAACCAUGCAAGACUUCAGGUUGCAAUUCUUAGUUGCACUGCUUCGACUAGGCAAGUCUUCAUCAAGAGGAAUGUUUAUAGACUCUUGCUAUGCCCAUUGCCAAACUGAGAUGCAGGGAUUAUGGCUUAUGCCAGACUCGCCAUUGUUGAAUAAAACCUCAAUUGCCAAGGCAGUAGGAGACUGGUUUUAUGACCGGAAUCCGUUCCAAAAGAUAGAUUGUGCUUAUCCUUGCAACCCCACUUGCCACAACCGCAUUUAUGAACAGCCGGCUCAUCACUACCCCAAUUUAUAGAUCUUCGCUUGUAGCUCUAUAUGCAUAUAGAUAUAAACAGAAACCAUUAUUUAGGUUGAAUGCAAUGAAAUUUACGAUUGGUCAAGUCCUCUAAAUAAGCAUAGACCACCACUGCACUAACCUUGUGUGCUGGGUGGCUUCAUUCUUUGUGUAUUCAGAUUCUUAUUCUUAAUAAAUCAAUUUUUUUCCAAUCUAAA